GAGGUCUCUGGAAAAGGAAGUGCAGAUCCAGAUAGCAUCAUCAGACUGCCUCCCUGGACUAUCUGUUUCUCCUAAGAAAAUUACAAAAUGUUUAAAAUAAUAUGAACAGCAUAGACAGUGUAAUAUUUAAAAUGAUCCUUCCUUAACCCUUUCCAGAGUUAAUAAAUAUUGACAUAUUGCUUUAUUACCUUGCGGUCUGUUUUCAAAAUAACAAAAUUACACGCAUACAGAAGGCAUCCCUCCAUUUGACUCCUUCUCUUCCCAGAAGGUGUUUGCCUCAGAUGAUACUCUUGCUCCUGGUCUAAGGACCACAUCUCUCCCAUCAGAUUCAUCAACAACAUGGGACCCAGAAACCAAACAGAUGUUUCAGAAUUUCUUCUCUUGAGACUGACAGAGGAUCAAGAGCUGGAGACCAUACUCUUCAGCCUGUUCCUGUCCAUGUACUUCGUCACCGUCCUGGGAAACCUGCUCAUUGUCCUGGCUGUCAUCUCUGACUCCCACCUCCACACACCCAUGUAUUUCUUUCUCUCCAAUCUCUCCUUUACUGACAUCUGUUUAAGCACAACCAUGGUCCCGAAGAUCCUGGCAAACACCCAAGCACAGAAUCAGAGCAUCACUUAUGCAGGCUGCCUCAGCCAGAUCUGCUUUGUCCUGACUUUUGUUCUUUGGGAAAAUUUUCUCCUUGCAGUAAUGGCCUAUGAUCGCUAUGUGGCCAUUUGUCACCCUCUGAGGUACAGAGUUAUCAUGAAUCCCCGACUCUGUGGACUGCUGAUUCUACUCUCACUGUUCAUUAGCAUUGUGGAUGCCCUGCUCCACAGUCUGAUGGUGUUGCGACUGUCCUUCUGCAAUGAACUGGAAAUCCCACUCUUCUUUUGUCAAGUUGUUCAGCUCAUCAAGCUUGCAUGUUCUGAUACCCUCAUCAAUAACAUCCUGAUAUAUUUUGCAGCUAGCAUAUUUGGUGGUGUUCCUCUUUCUGGAAUAGUUUUCUCUUAUAUUCAAAUUGUUUCCUCUAUUUUGAGAAUGUCAUCUUCAGGCGGAAAGUAUAAAGCUUUUUCCACUUGUGGGUCUCACCUCUCAGUUGUUACCUUGUUCUAUGGGACAGCUUUUGGAGUGUACAUUAGUUCUGCAGUGACAAACUCUUCCAGGAAAAUGGCAGUGGCUUCAAUGAUGUACACGGUAGUUACUCCUGUGAUGAAUCCCUUCAUCUACAGCCUGAGGAACAGGGACAUGAAGGGAGCCUUGAGGAGGCUCAUUGGUAGGACACCUUCUUUUCUGUGAUUGUGUCACCUGAUUUGGGCUGGGUUCUUUAGAAUGAGUCAAAGUGAAAGGAAUACUGUUGAGCCAGAACACCUGACUCCUCCAUCACCAAGUUCUUCUUA